GUACACAAACAGUGCAGUAGUUCUGGUACGAAUGUUUACGCACAAAACGUGCAGCAAUGAACCGGAUUGAAGUAAGCUAUAUGCAUGGUCGUGGAGUAAUUUUUGACGCCGAAGAUUAUCUAAAACUGCGAUUGGAAUGGCGGAUCCCCGGGAAUCUAAUCGGCGUUUCCGUCUCCCAUCCGAGGAAUGUAAACCAGCAAGGGAUGCCUGUUGUUUUUUCGAAAUGGGAACUCAAAUUACUUCUAGAUAAACAAAUAAUACGCCUGGUAGAUCACAGCAGUGCUUUGCAACGAGCACCCUCUGAUGAGGAAGCACACCUGUACGCUUGUAUGGUUGAGCGGCAGAAAGAAGAAUUACGCAUGCCAGCAAUCGAGAAAAGGCUGGAAGCGUUCCAAAAACAUUUGCCAAAAAUUAUCGAAGGAAAGCGUAAAAAACUGCUCAAAACAGGAGUUAAAGAAGAGGAUAUCCAUCUGGAUGCUGAACAAUUGGUCAGGGAAGAACGGGAAAAGAUAAUGAAAGAAAAAUUCGAUGCAAUGGUACAGAUUCCAUUAAAAUAUCCUCUCGCGCUUGGCUUUUCAGAGUGUUCGCUGGAUUUGAGUAAAGAAGAAGGAGUAAAAUAUCGCAUCUUUGAGUGUCUAUGGAAGCAAGGAGGUUUUAUAACAACUGGAGAUGCGUUUGGGUGUGAUUUUCUGCUAUAUCCAGGCGAUCCAAUGUAUUUUCACGCAUCGCAUAUGGUACACGUAUUGAAGGAUGGCGUGAGUGAAAAAUUAGACGCUAAGUAUCUGAUUCGUGUUUGCCGGCUUUCGGUGGUGGUGAAUAAACUAUGCGUUCUCGCCUAUAUUGAUGAAAGCACCAACGAGGUGAUCUUUGAAACCAUGGAAUGGGAGGGUAACGGUAGUAAUAAAGCUGACGCUUUUUAAAA